GUGAAAUGUACUCGCUCGUGUAACACCGGAGAAGUGUUUUCUCUCCCGUGGUGAUGCCGUGAGAGAAAUAAAAAAUGUCUCUCGCCUUUUAACUUGAUGUUUCUGCACUUGAGGAAGCGCUGGUGAAAUCAUUGAGUUGGCGUCAGCAGCAAGUGUACUUGGCGAGCAAGUCCGGUUAGACGUGGAGUUUAUGUUUACCAGCCUCCGUUCUGCUUCCCGGGGGGGGGAUUUUUGUGUUUGUAGCGACACAUGUCCUCACCCCGGUGCUGUUUGUGUACUCUCAGCUGUGCUGAGGAGGCAGGGAGCUGAGGGGUGGUGCAGCAGCAGUGUCAGCAUCAUCAUGGACCGCUCCAGCCGGCGGCUACCUGCCACCCACCUGUAGCAUCAACCGGCAACAUGGCGAACACGAGCCACGGUGCCCAGGACCGGAGAGAUAGCCGCUGUGGUGUGUCUGGAGAGGCCGUCGUGGAGAACGGCUGUGUAGUGACAGACCCGACCGCCUCUGACCUCCACGAUCACACCAACCACCACUGCCACGAGCCCAGCAUGACCCCGAGCAGCGAGCCCGUUCUUUCCAGUUACAAGCCAACCUGUUCCUCGACCCCCAUCUACUACUGCAGCCCCCAGAAAAGCUACUCAGACCUGAACCAGGACUGCCACAGUUUGACCUCCCAGGACUCAGGUAUCCCAACUCUGGAGAUCAACCCUCCAGAGCCGAUCCUCCACAAACGCCCAAGCGACGGCGGCCUCAUCCCGGACUCCACCGACCACUCUCCUGCUACUCUAACUCUGGACGAUGAUCCUUCUGACGGCAUCCGAAAAUCCUCCACCUUCCCUCGCAGCGGCUACGACUCCAUCCGCCUCUUCAGCCCCGGCCUCAGGUUAUCCGCCACCACGGGGAUGGGUCUCGGGGGCGGAGCUUUGAACCGCAGCGAUGACAUCUCCGUGUGCAGCGUGUCAAGCAUGAGCACCGAGCUGUCCGUCUCCAAUGAAGACAUCCUGGAUUUCACCGUCACCUCGGACUCCAGCGCCAUUGUCACCUUGGAGACGGACGACAGCAGCACCGCUCAUUUCUCAGACGUGACGCUGUCAUCGUCACCGGGAAACCCCAGAGACUUAUGGAGUCCCGUCCGACCGCAUCCGGGGUCCGGGGUCAAGACGCAGGAAGAGGACGGCAGGCAGAAGAAACUGGGACCUCUGGCAAGUUUAUUCAACAGGAGCCUUUUUGCACGGAGGGUGAAGGACAGUCGGCCAGUGGAGCAGAGGGAUCCUGGGUGGAAGCUGUUUGGGAAAGUCCCACCACGGGAGGGCCCCAUCAAGGACCCGAAGAGAAUACAAAAGGAAUAUGAAACAAAGAGUGGCAGAGCUGGACCUGGCAACCCGACAUCUCCCAGGCAGGGUGUGAGGAAAAACCUGGACUUUGAGCCCCUCUCCACCACCGCGCUUAUACUGGAGGACAGACCUGCGAACCUGCCUGCCAAGCCAGCCGAGGAGGCCCAGAAGCACAGACAGCAGUAUGAAGAGAUGGUGGCCCAGGCCAAGAAGAGAGAGUUGAAGGAGGCUCAGAAGAGGAAGAAGCAGCUGGAGGAUCGGUGUAAGCUCGAGGAGAGCAUCGGCACAGCCGCCCAGAUCUGGAACCAGGAGAUCUUACCCAACUGGAGUACAAUGUGUACGUCUCGACGAGUGAGAGACCUGUGGUGGCAGGGCAUCCCCCCCAGCGUGAGAGGCAAAGUGUGGAGUCUGGCUGUGGGCAACGAGCUCAACAUCACACACGAGCUGUACAGCAUCUGUUUGGCACGGGCAAAAGAGAAGUGUAGGACCACGCCGGCACCUUCCUCAGAGACCGAAACUGAAGAUGCUGGUUCAUCAGAUCGAGAGUCCAGCCUGGAGCUGAUCAAACUGGACAUCUCAAGAACCUUCCCCCAACUGUGCAUCUUCCAGCAGGGCGGGCCAUAUCAUGAUGUGCUGCACAGCAUUCUGGGAGCAUACACCUGUUACCGGCCAGACGUUGGCUAUGUGCAGGGAAUGUCGUUCAUCGCAGCAGUGCUGAUCCUGAACCUGGACACAGCUGAUGCCUUUAUAGCUUUUGCCAACCUGCUCAACAAGCCCUGUCAGAUGGCCUUCUUCAGAGUCGACCACAGCCUUAUGUUGACUUACUUUGCGGCAUUUGAAGUGUUCUUUGAAGAAAAUCUACCAAAGCUCUUUGCACAUUUCCAGAAAAACAAACUUGACCCUGAUAUUUAUUUAAUCGACUGGAUCUUCACUUUGUACAGUAAGUCUCUGCCGUUAGACCUGGCGUGUCGGGUGUGGGACGUGUUCUGCAGAGACAACGAGGAGUUCCUGUUCCGCACGGCGCUGGGCCUGCUGCGUCUCUACCAGGACGUCCUGACCACCAUGGACUUCAUCCACAUGGCUCAGUUCCUCACCCGCCUGCCCGACCUCAUCCCUGCCGAGCAGCUCUUCCAGCACAUCGCCGCCAUCCACAUGACCAGCCGCAACAGGAAGUGGGCGCAGGUCCUGCAGGCGUUACAGAAAGAUCCGGAGCGAGGCAGCCCGGUGCUGAAGCGCUAGAGGAAAAACCACCACCGGACUCAACCAGUUCCCCUCCAACCCUCGGGACUCUCAGCCGGCCCAGAUGGACCUGAGAAAGACCUCUAUCGUAGGACAUAUCUGGUUGUAGCCGCUGUGAUCUUCCCCAGAGUCGCUGCUCUGACUGGAACCCUGGAGGUGGGGGGUCUGUCAGCGAUGAGGGAGGGGUGUGAAAAGGAAUACGAGGCCUUAUUUAUCUCCCACCUGUGCUCAGAGGCCCAGCAGCGGAUGGAAAGUGUAGCUGGCAGAGGCUGAAGAAUGUAUCGCACACACUCCCACGUACAGCCAGGCUGAUUCAGGUCUCCACAGAGCAGAGGACAUCAGA